UCUUGCAGAUAUAGCAUGCGGUACCCAAUCCCUUGCAGAGAUGGCGGUAGUAGGCGGGCCGAAGACGUUGGUCUUGUAGGUUGUCCCAUGCAGCCUACCGGUGCUUCAUAGCCGUGUAACUGGACUGUAUUGUACAACCAUGGGCAGUGUGUUGGCUGCCAGUUCCCCAAACCCCCCUGCUUCAGGUAGUGGUAGCAGUCAGGGGGGUCCAGGCCUGACGGUGCCCCCUGGCUUCACCAUGCCCACCAUGCCGUCGUCUCUGGGCACCGCCACACAGGCUGGCACAGAGACCGACCCUUCUCUCCCCAACCCAGGCAUGUUUGAAGAGUGCCAUCGGAAAUGCAAAGAGGUUUUCCCACUGCAGAUGGAGGGUGCGCGACUGGUGGUCAACAAAGGAUUAAGUAAUCACUUCCAGGUGAGCCACACAAUUACACUGAGCACCAUGGCAGAAUCCGGCUACAAGUUUGGAGCCACAUAUGUCGGAAGUAAACAGACCGGACCUGCUGAGUCAUUUCCAGUGAUGGUUGGAGACAUGGAUAACACGGGCAGUCUCAAUGCACAGAUUAUUCACCAGCUCACCUCACACGUACGCACCAAAAUGGUUCUGCAGACACAGCAACACAAGUUUGUAAACUGGCAGUGUGAUGCAGAGUACCGCGGAGAUGACUUCACUGCCGCUGUAACCCUGGGCAAUCCAGACGUUCUUCUCGGAUCUGGGAUUUUAGUAGCUCAUUACCUGCAGUCUCUGACGCCUGCCUUGGUGUUGGGGGGUGAGCUGGUGUACCACCGGAGACCUGGAGAGGAGGGCACGGUCACCUCGUUUGUGGGCAGAUAUACAGGCAGUAAUUAUGUGGCCACACUGACUGUUGGAGGAGCAGGAGCUCAUGCAUCAUACUACCACAAAGCCAAUGAUCAGUUGCAAGUUGGGGUGGAGUUUGAAGCAAGCACACGAAUGCAAGAAACGAGUGCGACACUUGGCUAUCAGGUGGACCUGCCCAAAGCCAACCUUCAGUUUAAAGGUUCCCUAGACAGUAACUGGGUGAUAGGGGCUACGCUGGAGAAGAAGCUACUGCCACUCCCGUUGUCUCUGGCUCUCGGCGCCUUCCUGAACCAUCGCAAAAACAAGUUUCAAUGCGGUUUUGGAGUUACUAUCGGUUAGACUUGCAGAUCUGCUGCGAUUCCUCGCUUUUGGUGCAUUUCAAGCAGACUGGUGCAGAGAGACAGGGGGACAUGGACCAACAACCAAACGGACUCAGAUUCUCCCACAAGCACUACAGUUAAACCUCACAUGGACAAACGAGGACUGUAAUAAUUCAGGCAAAUGUGAUGUAAUGUUUGCCAAUCGACUUCAUGUGAAAAGAAACAGAUCAUUAUCAGACAACAUUAAAAUAUUUAGAAAAAAACCUUUCAUGUUUACAGAGAUGCAUUUGAUGAUUUCUAAAGUUUGUUAUGCUCGACAUCCGUUUCAGACACACGUGAGGGGGAAGCUUUUAAUCUGUCAGCCUUUUGACUUGUGUUGAAGAGAAAAUAAGGUUUAGUCAGUACAUUUUAUUAAAAUUUUAACUCCAUCCCUGUCAAGAUCAGUGUUUAGGUACAAAAUAAAACAGACUUAAGUUGGUCCCAUAUCUCUCCUCUCCAUGCCCUACUGUACUAUACCGUAAUGCCGUGACAAAUUCCCUGUCCCUUUGUCUGUCAGAGCUCGAACCGUACGCUUUCUAUGCCUCCUAUUCACAAACAUGCCAAUAUUUUCAGUACCGAUGUCAAAUCAGGAAUUUUUCAAGUCACAAGCUGAACUGACUGUAAUUAUGGAUCAUGUGUCACUUUUCCAACGUGUUUAAAGUGAUUCAGUCCAAUUCAUACAAUGAACCUGCUAAUGAAAAAAACCCUUUUCUUGUCCUAAUAAAUCCUGAUGCCAAAAUAUUUAUAGGUUUUAAUCUUUCUGAACAUUACCAAAAAAAAACAAUAGGACAUGGAUGUCCAAGGAGCCUGGAUGAGUCAAUUCCUGGAGGACAAACUAAUUUCUUGGCAGUUGUAAUAGAUUCAUUAAAUUACAGCAACAAAAUAUCCCAGUUAAGGUUGUGAAUGUGGAACCCGGGCUGUUCAGGUUUGGAAAAAAAAUGGGAAAAAAAAACGGAAUACGUAAAGUAAAAAAAAAAAAAGACAAUUCCACAGUGAAGAAAUUCCUGCGUGUCUUGUAUGAAAGUACAGAUUAAAGAUACACACAGAUACUGUUUUAUUUUUAGAAAAGCUGUACAAGACAUAUACAUGUGUGUGUGUGUGUAUGUAUGUGUAUAUAUAUAUUACAUUACAUUACACAACACACAAAAUAUAUAGAGAUUUUUAAAAAAUCUAAAUUUACAUUAUUUUGCCUUUGCUCAGUUUGUGAACCAUCAAAACUCUACUAGAACAAAAGAAUAUAUCCGUGUGGGUUCAGCUCAGCUCUUUCCACUCUGUCUCUUAUGGUUCUGGAUCAUUCUCCUCAUAACUGGGUCUAAUUCCAAAUCCGUUGGCUUGACGUCUGAGUUUCCGCAGCCGACCACAGGACAACUGAUGGAAUAAAAAAUAAAGUCCCGGAAAAGCGAACGUUAGACACGUUUCUACAGUGUUUUUUUGUUUGAUUUUGUUUUGUUUUUUUGAUAAACUAUAGGACUUACCGACAUUUCUUCUUAUUGUUUUGCUUCGUCUUAAUGAACGACAGAAUGGCUUCUUGAUCGUAGUAAUGCUGGCACUUUUUAUUUUUCACUGGAUUGACCAUUUCGACCUGUCAACAACAACAAUGUCCACGUACUGAAUCUUUAUCUGUCUGUCUGGAACAAAACCUUCUGCUAUAAUGAAGCUCUAAUAAAUGAUCCGUUUUCUCA